GUUUUUUGGCUUUGCAAAUUACAAGGAGAUGGACUACUCAUGGGGCGUUGGUGCAAUUUCCGGUGGGGAAAUAUAUUAGUUUAACGUUGACACUGAAUUGGCCCAAUCACUAUUAUCAAUAGUAAUUCCCACGUGUUUCUUUUUUUAACCCCUGACUAACUAAGCGGCCAUUGGUUCGUUUCUUGACUGACAGAGGGAUACUCCAAUCAGACUUUUUAAAUGCUUUCCGCAUUCCCUGCAGCGUGCGAGGGUUUUUGUAUAGACUGAUUACUGCAUGGUUUUAGUUUUUUUUUUUUUAAUAAAGUGCUUUUAAAUACAUAUCCGCGGGAUGGAAACGGGACAGAAUAAAGCAGGUUCUUCAGGAAGACGCCGCAAAAUGUGCCAAAAUGUGUCGCAGAAUCAGUACCUGUAGCUGAAGCUAGUGACGGACGGCGGUGGCGGCUAACCUUGGAAAGAUCAUCUGAGCUGGAGAUGAGGACACAGAAGUGUGACGGAUGGUAAUACGUGGCCACAAUGGUGAACAGAUAACUGCUCCAUCAAGACCAUGGGUGCCUGCCUCUGCAAAGGUCACAAAGAUCUCCACCUUCCAAUGACAGUACUGCAGGAUCAGACUGAGGAGGGUCAGACAUCCACUGCCAAGGAUGGUCAGAACCCCUCCAAUGGCAACAUGGCAGAUAAAGGCAGCCACUAUGACAUCGGGGAGCUCGCCACGUCCUCUCUGAUGGGUCUGGUGGCCACGAUAAAGGAGCAUAUCACAAAGCCGACAGCCAUGGCCCAGGGGCGAGUUGCCCACCUGAUUGAGUGGAAGGGUUGGGGUGGAGGGGGUGAAGCAAGAGGUGGGGGCAACUGGGCCUACGGUAAAGGAGGAGGAGGCUGGGCAGGGAUGGGAGCAGAUCUACAGGAGGAUGAACAACUCUACUCACAAAUGACGGAUGAAAUCAAGGAGGCUCGCUUCGCUGCAGGUGUAGCAGAGCAGUUCGCUCUGGCCGAAGCCUCCAUGAACAUUUGGUCAAUGAACGACAGCAUUACUGAGCAACCUUGCAGCAGCUUACAAGCAGCAGCACAGACUCACUUCUUGUCCCAGUUCCUGCUGGACGGUGGCAGCAUUGGCAUCCCCCAGCAUCUGUACAGCCUUCACACACAGACCUAUGGCAUCAGCAGACCCACAAACUUGGUCCCGGUGUCACUGCUGGACUCCAUGCCCCACACAUUGGCUGCACAGCAGGACAAAGACCAAGCCUUUACGGACAGAAACACAGAGGCAGCCGCCGCC